AUGACUAGCCCCUCCAAAGAUCCUAAAUCUGACGAUGUGCCCAUGGGCGGUGUGGACGAGGAAGAACUUGAUCAAGAGGGCGACUUCUCCACCGCGGAUCCAACACCAUUGUCAAUGACACCAGCACCGAGCGCCGGAAAUAGCACGGCACCAUCAUCAGCGUCAAAAGUGAAGAAACCAGAGCACCACCCUCAGGGCAAGCAGCAGAUGACCAAAGUGCCCAUGCAUCUGCUGGAAAAACGUCGUUUGGGCCGUCUCAAAGCGGCCGAGCAAUACGCUCAGAAAAUGAAAACCGUUGGUAUCGAGCGUAGGGACAACUCCAUAAUACACCAAAACGGGCUGUUUCGAGCACUGUCCUUGAUAAACCAAAAGAACUACUCCUCGGACUAUCUAAAGCGCGAUGACCAGAUCUUCGCCAUGCGCGAGAGGAAAUCUCUCCGGAACGCAACGUCGUCCCAGAAUAACCCUGACAUAGCCGCAGAAGAUGACGAUCAGGACAGUGCGGAUGAAGAGAGCGAGACAAAUACCAUAGUCAUUCACCCAGGUAGUAGGUCUCUCAAGAUCGGAUUUGCCACAGACGUUUUACCUCAAUCCAUCCCCAGCUGUGUUGCCAUACCAAGAACAAAAAGUAAGCAGGCCUCUAAUGGCUCUUCGAAAAUCCCAAAUGAUUUCGUGGCCGACCACGAGUCUUAUGCCGAAACCAAGGAAUAUAUACAGCACGAUUUCAAAGAGCGGAUGCGGUAUUAUAAGCGGAAAAUUAUGCCCAAUUCUCACGAAGCGGUUGUGAACUUUAACUCGCGUGUCCAACCAGAGAAAAUACCUGAGCAUAAUGACCUCCAUCGAGUGGAUUGGAUACAGGAACCAGCCAAGACAUUUUAUGGCGAGGAGGCCACUCACUGCCUACCGUCUCAGUUCACUGUGAGAUAUCCAUUUUGGAAGGGGCGGUUCAACGUUGAGUCCCCGGAUUAUCGUUCUAUAGAAGAAUUGCUAUCAGACGUCAGCGAGCUUUUAAAGUUCGCGCUUCUACACCCCAAGUUAAGCAUCAAGACAGCCCAGAUACCCAACUAUAAGGUUGUGGUAGUCGUGCCGGACUUGUAUGAUAAAGCUUACGUUGAAUCUUUCAUUAGACUUCUAUUGGUCGACCUCAAAUUUCAGGCCGUUGCUCUCAUACAAGAGUCUUUGGCGUCUUGUUAUGGCGCUGGAAUUGGUGACUCAACCUGUGUUGUUGACAUUGGAGCUACUACCACUAAAGUUGCUUGUGUGGACGAAGGGCUCGUGGUAGACAACAGCGUAAUAUCUCUUGAUUAUGGCGGUGAUGAUGUCACUCGUUUAUUUGCCAAGUUUUUACUUGAGUCCAAAUUUCCAUAUGAUGGUCUCGACCUAGAAAGUCCACACGACUUCUUAUUAAUUGAAAACUUGAAACAAAAAUAUGCCACUUUUCAAGAUGCAGAUGUUACCAUCCAGCUGUACAAUUUCAUUAAAAGGAUACCAGGAAAGCCUGGUGCCGAGAAAUUCGAGUUUAAAGUGUUUGACGAAGUUAUGACGGCUCCCAUGGGGUUAUUCUUCCCCCAAAUUUUCCCGGAACUAAAGGCCUUUAAAACUAACAAUAACGAGUACGUUUCAAAUCAAUUGCCUCGCUCCAAAGACCUUUUCACUCAAAAAGAAAAUAACAUAAAGUCCAUCAGUCAACUUUCGUGCCAGAAAGAAACGACGUACUGCGAUUUGGCCAAGGAUUUAGAUGUGCUGCAAAAACUCCUAAAUCUCCCUUCUGAAAUCGAGGAGUAUACAGCGGCGAACGUUGCUAAUUCAGAUUCGAAUUUCACGGCGCUGGAUAAAGCCAUUAUAGAAAGUAUCACUAAUGCUUGUGCUACCCUGGACAAUAGUUUCUCGAAAGCAACCAACUUCUACUCUAAUAUAUUAGUCGUAGGAGGCAGCUCCAAGUUCCCGAGCUUAGAUUUCAUAUUAACUGAUAGGAUCAACAUCUGGAGGCCACGCCUGCUCAGCGUAACCACAUUACCUACCUUCUUCGACAAAGUCACAAAGCAAGUCAAAGAGUUCGAGCAAGUGAAUAAGCUUGGAGAUAUUAAGGACCAAGAAGAACUGACUACUCAAAAAAAGAAACUGGCCAAGACAGUCAAGAUGGAACUACAAACCUAUUGGGAAGAUGUGGAUGCUCUCGGUGGGAAUGAAAGCGUUUUCCCGAUAAAUGUUCUCCCUGCACCUCGAGAAAUGGAUCCCGCCCUUCUAACUUGGAAAGGAGGAAGUGUCUUUGCUCGCCUGAAGUUAAUCGAGGAGCUCUACGUUACCAGUGGCGAUUGGGACGUUUUAGGCAGCCGCAUUCUACAAUACAAGUGCAUCUUCGAUUACUAG